AAAACCACGUAUGUGUGCUGUGACCGGUGCUGUGCAGAGAGAACCGUGCUGUAAGGAGCUGGCGAUAUUUUCACGGCCAGGUUUGCCUUAAAUGAAACGGUAGAAACCGGAUUACCGGAUUUUUUGGGUGCUUGAACACAAGGGGUGGGGGUUGAAGGAGCCAUCUUGAGGAGAAGUGGCAGUUGAGCAGAUCUUACGGAAUACCGGGCCUCCUCCCACCGGGAGGCGGAUAUUUAUGGGAGUUAGUCCUCCGUGACCUGGAUCUCGGCGACUUUCCAACAUGAGGCCGUCCUCUGAAGCUGGUCCUGAAGCACCUCCGGGUCUCUGCGAGAACGGCCUGGUCCACAUCCUGGCCAACGUGGUGGAGGAGGUGAGGGUCUCGGUCCGUCGCGACAUCAACGGGGCCGACCUGCUCUACAGCCUGCUCAACGCGCCCUGGCUGCAGUCUCUGCUCAAGGUGUAUGAGUGUCUGCAGCAGUACAUCAGAGACAGCCCCAGGCCCUUCCUGCCUUUCGCCUCUGGAAUCUCACAGGAGGUGAUGGCCGAACUACGCGCUGUCCCGUCCCCUUCCCCCGCCGCCCGGGAACUCUACGCACUGCUGAGGGAUUCCCACUUACAGGCUCUCCUGUCAGCCCAUGAUACCGUGGCCCAGAAGGACUACGACCCGAUGCUGCCACCCCUCCCCGACAACCUGCCUGACAACGAGGAGGCCAUGAGGAUCGUGUGCCUGGUCAAGAACAAGCAACCGCUGGGAGCGACGAUAAGAAGAAACGAUGUGACUGGCGAGAUCUUCAUAGCGAGGGUGAUACACGGAGGACUGGCGGAUCGCAGCGGGUUGCUGUAUGCAGGGGACAGGCUGGUAGAGGUGAACGGUCUCUCUGUGGAGGGGCUGGAGCCAGAACAGAUCAUACAGAUCCUGGCCCGCUCCCACGGGACCAUCAUGUUUAAAGUGGUUCCCAUCUCAGACCGGCCAAUCAACAGCCAGACCACGCUGUACGUGAGGGCGAUGGCUGACUACUGCCCCCAGCAGGACCCCGCCAUCCCCUGCGCCGAGGCGGGGAUGAGCUUCCGCAAGGGCGACGUGCUGGAGGUGGUGGACCAGACCGACGCCCUCUGGUGGCAGGCCAGGAAACUGCCCAGCACGUCCGGCUGCGCCGGGCUCAUUCCCUCCACCAGUCUCCUGAAGAGGAAACAGAGGGAGUUUUGGUGGUCACAACCUUCCCAAUCUCAUACCUGCAUCAACAUCUUGAGCACUGUGGAUGAAGAAGAAGAUAUGAUGGCCAUUGAUGAAAAGUGUGUUGAAACAGAUGAAGAAACUUUUGAAUCUGAGGAGCUCAGAGAAGAAGAGGAUGAGUUCAGCAGCAACGUCGAGGGCAUCUAUCUCGCGGGAUUUCGACGCAGUCUGAGACUGUGUCGGAGGAGGUCCCACACCAGCGUACACCAGCAGCCCUGCUACUCCCACUGCCCCAGGACCUGCUACAGCGCCCUGGCCAGUCCCUACGAGGAGGUGGUGCGUUACCAGCGCCACCCGGAGGACACAUACCGCCUCAUCGCCCUCGUGGGUGAGACUGGAGGCCCGGCCGCUGGGCCAUUACUGUAGCUAGUUUUUUUUCUUCCCGCUCUUCAUUCAUUUCCAGACACGACACGGACACAGAAAAGCUACGAGGAGUCUGGGAGAGAGUAUCACUUCAUUAACAAAGAGCUGUUCGAGAAUAUGGUGUACAACCACAGGUUUGUGGAGUACGGCGAGCACAGGGGCAGCAUGUACGGCACCAGCAUCGACGCCGUCAAGGAGGUCCUGGACGCCGGGAAGAUCUGCGUGAUCGACGUCGAGCCGCACGCCAUUCAGUCAGUGAGGACGCAGAAGCUCAAGGCCUACGUCGUCUUCGUGAAGCCGCCCAGCGCCGCUCACAUGAGGCAGACCAGGAGGAGCGCUCAGCUCAUCACCGAGUACUACGUCAACCGGGCCUUCAAAGAGGAAGACUUCCAGGAGAUGGAGGACGCGGCGAGGAAGAUGGAGCACCAGUACUGCCAGUUCUUCGAUCACGUGAUGGUGAACGACGGGCUGCAGGACGCGUGCGUGCAGCUGCUCACCGCCAUUCGCCGGGCGCAGGACCAACCCCAGUGGGUCCCCGCCUGCUGGCUCCGCCCCUCUGACACGCCCUGAUUCAGAGAAAGAGAGGGAGAGAGAGAGAGUGAGAGAGGAGAGGAGAGAGAGCGAGAGAGAGGAGAGGAGAGAGAGA